GCUUACCUGCUACCCAGUAUGCAUUUAAUUGUAACGGCCAUUCUUUGGAACGCAUGGAUCGAUAUAAAUAUUUAGGCCUCUGGUUUGACGAACAUGCUGAUAUGAAGCUAGCAGUGCAAGAACUAUCAAAAUCUGCAAGUCGAGCCCUUGGACUUCUUAUUUCAAAGUUUUACCGUGCCGGUGGAAUGACGUACUCUGUAUUCACAAAACUUUAUGAAAGUCUAGUACAGCCAGUGCUACUGUAUUGCUCUGCAAUUUGGGGUCAGGCUGAACGUAGAGAAAUCAACAACGUCCAAAACAGAGCAAUCAAGGUGUUUCUUGGAGCGACAAAGAAUACGUCAAACGCCGGCGUCAUUGGUGACAUGGGCUGGUUGUCUACCCUUAGCAAACAGAGGAUUGAAGUGUUCAGGUUCUACUGUCGUUUGAAGUCUGCUAACCCUGACAAGUUACUAAGAAAGAUUCACAACUGGUCCAUGCGAAGGCGUGAUUCGUGGGACGCGCGGGUAGUGAAACUCGGGAAAAAAUACAGUAUCGAAAACUUAUUGGAAUCUGCCGUCAGACCCACUUAUCACACUGUAAACGCCAUUAAACUUAAAGUUCAACAAAAAGACGAAAGUGACUGGUUCGGACAAAUUUGGAACGAUCGUGGUAUUGUGUACGGUAAUAAGUUACGGACUUACCGGAAGUUUAAGAAAGACCGCAAACCAGAACAUUAUGCUAAACAGUACAUGCCUAGAUCUAAGACUUAAUCUUUUUCAUUCUAUGGAAAGCGUCUGCGAAAAUUUUAAAGAAUGUGAUAUCAAUAACAAGUUUAAUUUAUAAAUGGAUAAUUCAGAUAUUCAGUAUUUAUUAGGUAAAACAAUAUUUUUAAUGCUUCGUAGAAGAAGAGUGUUUUUAAAAUAAUGCGUCUUCUUAUCUAUUCAAAUGUACAUGUAUAUUAGUAGUAUUCUAUGCUUUUAGUCUAUGUAAUAUUUUUAGAUGCAUGUCCCUGUGUAUUUGAUGAAAUAUAGUUUUAAUGACACAAAGUGUCUCAUAAGCCAGUAAUGGCUGGAUGUUGAUAUAGUUUUAUGUAUUUUGAAAAGUUGUAAUUGAUAUGUGUAUAUUUUAACAUGUGACACUAUAAUAAAA